CGUCAUCCUCGGAAGAGAACCGUGGCUCUCAGCCAGCUCAUGCCACGCAAAUCCACAAGUCGCGCUUUGUGUUUGUUUAGUGGAAGCUGCGAUGAAAAACUACAAAACGCCAGAUAUUGUAUCAGAAACACCCCGUGAUCGGUUUCGAACACCUCGGCGACCAAGUCCUCAGUCAUCUUCCAAGACCUCGAAGAGCACUACGUCGAAGAGAACAGUGUCUCCAGGGUUGUCAACAUCUGGGCGACCCCGGAAAAGAGCAUCCCUACCGAGUUCCUAUCACGGACAAUCAACUCUCACACAGAUCGAUUUCGUGACCCAAACUCCACAUCCGGACGAUGACGAGCUCGACUAUAUUGAUAAUACUGUAGGAGGCGGAGAUGCACAUAAGCUUGCCCAGCCAGUGCAGGUAGAUGAUGAUCUCAGCGAAGAUACCGAAUAUCGACCAUCGUUGCCCGCUCGAUCGGGCCUUUCUACACUCGGGAUGAACGACGACCAUCCCAAACGGCGAAGAAAGAGCGCAGUCGCUCAACGAGCUCCCCUACGCAAGAGCCAAACUCCUAGGCAGGGCAAUGUCAGAGGAAAGCGAAAGUCGACAGACAAGCCGCCAGCAAAGCGCGACAAAACACUCACACAAAUGGAUUUCGUGCGACGCUAUAUUACGAUUGAUGAUGACGACGAUAAUGACGCGAACAUGGGGUAUUUACCGCCUCCAUGCGAAACGGACUCGAAAGAGAAUGUUCAGCAAACAAAUACAACAAAAAAGAAGGAAUUGGAACCGGAAGCUCCUCUGUCCUCCACGAAGCGCACCCACAGAGUUCUUGAAGCUGAAGUAGACCUGUCUACGGGUGAACCUAUAUCCCAGUCCGAUGAAACCCAAAGUCUCAAAGAACCUGACCUUCAACGCCAAUCCAAAACAGAGAAUCCAAUCACCCCCCGAAAACCGAGGAGACUCGAGAUUCCAUCAUCGCAGUCACCGGAAAGUCCAGGGUUGGCAAUCAUUACCUCGUCUCAGUUUCGCAGUGCAACUCGGUCACCUCAGAAAAAGGCACGGUUGAGCUUCGUCAAUUCUGAAAUUUCUAUCAAGGAAGAAGAAGCUCUAGGCGUACCAGGGAUGGCCGAGGAGCCAUCCAAUCAAGACGAUACGAUGGAAAACCAGACACCCACACAAAACCGAGCUAUAAGCCGCAAUUCUCCUGACCCAGAUUUACCAUCGUCCAAACACAAUACAUUGUCGACUGUGUCAAAAGUCACGGUGAAAUCACCGCCAACUGAUGAUGAACCCCUACCGGGGCGUACCCAACGUGAAAGGACAGUGAUCUAUGAAACCGAUGCAGAGUCGGACAAUGAUGACCUGGAGGGUGACAUUGAGGAUGGCCUCGAUACUCCAACUCGACCUCGUGGCCCGCUAUUGGAAAACUUGGACGAGGGCCACGGUGAACCACAAUCGCCGUGUGAUGACUCUCAAGAUCUUCCCUUGCCCAGCGCCCACACAUAUGGCGACCCAGACUCAGCACCUCCCUCCGAAGCGCCGAUGUCAGAUGCAUCGAUGUUUUACCGAAGAGUGCAGCCCGCAACUCAAUUCCCGCACGAGCCUAUCCCGGCGCUGAACACCCAAAAGUUGUCCGAGCUAUUUCCAAAUGAAGGAAGCACACAAUACCCUCGCCAAGGGCCUACGCGUGGUUCACUGCAGCUUGCUCUUCCUUCGUCCCUAACUCAAACGCAAAGCCAAGGAACAGACCAGAUUGAACUUGUGCCCGAGUCCUCGCCCGCCCGGGAUAAUGAAAACAGCAUGGACCGUGAUAAGGAUGUCAUUCAACGACCUCGACCCCCUGGGUCGGUGGUCCAAGUCGAAUCAUCUCAGCCAGUUGAUCGUGGUCAUCAUGGACCGGGUGGAAUAUUAUCACGCAGUCAGCUUCUGAAUUCUAGUGUUAUGGAGAGCAUUCCUAUGCCCAACUUUUGGAUAGGGAGCCAAGAUAGUGUGGGAGAACCUUAUAGUUUACCUGAAUAGUGAUAUUCUUAGAUACCCAUAAAUUUACGAACUUGAAUAUAGCGUCCGUCGUUUCAAUUCUUUGUAACAAAACCUGCAGAGGGGUCUCUUUGUAGCUGGCCUUGAUUGUCUGAUUCGG